GGAAUCUGUGUUUACAGAGUGUACACUUUAAUCUCAACUUGCUUCCUCCUCGUGUGAGUUUGGGUGAUCACUUGCUGCAACACUUCUUCCGCACUCUCUUAGAAACUCAUGGCUCGGCGGCCACGGAAUAGUUUAUACAGUAGUGAUGAGGAGGAAGAAGAGAUUGAAAUGUUUGAUCAUGAUUAUGAUGGUCCCCAACCAAAGUCUUGUAAACGCCAGUUAAGUAAAACACGAUGGACACGUGAAGAGGAUGAAAAGCUGAAGAAACUGGUUGAACAACAUGGAACAGAAGACUGGAAAGUUAUUGCCAACUUCCUCCCUAACCGGACUGAUGUGCAGUGCCAACAUCGAUGGCAAAAAGUUCUAAAUCCUGAACUCAUUAAAGGUCCAUGGACAAAAGAAGAAGAUCAAAGGGUAAUAGAACUUGUGCAGAAAUAUGGUCCAAAGCGCUGGUCUGUUAUUGCAAAGCAUCUAAAAGGGAGAAUAGGAAAACAAUGUCGAGAGCGGUGGCACAAUCAUCUAAAUCCUGAAGUGAAAAAAACUUCCUGGACAGAGGAAGAAGACCGGGUUAUAUAUCAAGCACAUAAAAGACUUGGAAAUAGAUGGGCAGAAAUAGCAAAGCUACUUCCUGGAAGGACAGAUAAUGCUAUCAAGAACCAUUGGAAUUCCACAAUGCGUCGUAAAGUAGAGCAAGAGGGCUACCUCCAGGAGUCUUCUAAAACAAGCCAGCCACCAGUUACGACGAAUUUUCAAAAAAGUAACCUUAUUAUGGGUUUUCCACAUACAUCUCCAUCUACGCAGUUAUCAGCUAGUCAGCCACAAGUCAGUGGUGACUAUGCAUACUUUCAUCUUCCUGAUCCACAAGAGAUCUCCAAUCAGAUGCCCUAUCCAGUUUCUCUGCACGUGAAUAUGGCCAACGUUCCUCAACCAGCCACUGCAGCUAUUCAGAGACACUAUAAUGAUGAAGAUCCUGAAAAAGAAAAAAGAAUAAAGGAAUUAGAGUUGCUACUAAUGUCGACUGAAAAUGAACUGAGAGGGCAGCAGGCAUUACCAACUCAAACUGCUGAUUACUCCAGCUGGAAUGGUACUCUAGUCAUUGAUAAUUCAGGAGCUCACAACAGGAGCCUGGCCAUUACUUGUAUAGGGGAACAUCGACAACCUGGACAUCCACCUCAUAGGGAUCUUGGUUCCUUACCAGAAGAAAGUGCAUCACCAGCAAGAUGUAUGAUUCAUCCUAAUGGAAUACUCUCACCCUUAAGAAGUGUUCCACAUUCUGAUUACACAGAAGCACUUCAACUAUUAGACUCAGAUCCAUCUACAUGGGGUGAACUCAGCAGUUUCGACUUACUUGAAGGGGAAGACAGCACACCUAGCAAAACUGUUCCAGCAAAAAUCACACAGCUUCAGCAAAAAGGAAGCAGCGUUUGCCAGUGCGGAGGACACACUAGCACAAGCAGAAAUAAAAGCCUGGUUUGUCAGGCCUCCCCUACUUCGCUCAGCCCAUUCUCUCCUUCAAAGUUCUGCACUCCACCAACAAUCCUGUACCGCAAAAAGAAAAGCCAUGCAAGCCAUUCAUUUAAUGGUGAUAGUAAUUGCUCCACAUUAGCUGACUUCAGCUGCUCUACUCCCAAGUGUGCCCAUGUGAAAGGUCUUCCUUUCUCUCCCUCACAGUUUUUAAAUACAUCUUCAAGUGAUCACCUAGAAGUGGAAUCUCCUGCAUUAACCUCUACACCAGUGUGCAAUCAAAAGAUUAUUUUAACUCCUUUGCACCGUGACCAAACACCCAAGACCCAAAAAGAAAAUGAUGCUUUCAGAACUCCAAAUAUCAGAAGAUCAAUAUUGGAAGGCUCUCCUAGAACACCCACACCCUUUAAAAAUGCACUUGCAAGCCAAGAAGUGAAAUACGGAUCUUUGAAAGUGCUGACACCAUCUCACCUUGCUGAAGAUAUACAAGAUGUAAUUAAACAAGAGACUGAUGAAAAUGAAAUUAUAAAUAGUUUUCAUGAAAAUGGCCAACCACUUUUAAAGAAAAUUAAGCAAGAGAUGGUGUCUCCCGAUAAGAAAAUGAGGAAGUUUUUUACAUUGGCACCAUGGGAAAGAGAGCACUUGAAUACUCAGCUUUUCUCACAAAGUCCUUUAGAAGAAGGACCUAUGCAAAAUCUGCUGACUAGUUCUGUAUUAAUGAUGCCUGUAUCGGAUAAGACAGAUGAUAUUCUUAACAAAGCAUUUACUGUACAAAUGAGCAGGCAAAUGAACAGUCCAUUACAGUUUGUGAAUACCUGGGAGGCUGUGACAUGUGGAAAAACUGAAGAUCAACUUAUUGUAACUGAGCAAGCACGGACGUAUAUGAACACCUUCUCUGCCAGAACAUUAGUUAUGUAAUCUUCUCCAACUAAGCAUUAAGAAGUUUUGAAACACCUGUUGUUCAGUCAUGAUCAGCAUUUGUUCUCAUUAAUUACCACUGAUGUACUCUCACAAAAAUAUUGCCUUACAAAAAUUCAGAAUGUCACAAAAUGCUUUCUUCACUAAGUAUUUAGCUGUCAAAAAGACAAAUAUCAGAUUUACUUACAUUACAAGAUGCUUGAAGUUAUAAAAGCAACUCUGAAUUUAACACAAAAAUGUUGAGUUACUUUUUUCAAAUAUGGAGAGCAAAUUGGAACAUAUCAGUAUUUCUUUUGUAUUCGUGGCAGAUAGAGCAAUUGGUCUUCCCAAGUACUUGAUUGAUUGCUGUAAUUUAAACCUGUAAGUUAAUAAAUUAAAUGAAAUGCACUGAUGACAAAAUAGAGAUAUAGCAUUACUACAAACCAAAUUAGAUUUUUUAAAAAUCAAGCUUUCAUAGAUAUAAAAUUAGGUUUGAAGUAUUGUUUUUGUUUGCUCUUUUUUGGUCUGAAUUCGAGCCAUAUUAUAUUUACAUACACACACAGACAUAAAUUUAUAUAAUAUAUGUGCAUGUGUGUGUAUUUGUGUGUAGCUUGCAUAAUACUGAUACUGUAUGUAAAAAAAAUGUUUUAUGUAUGAAAAUGUAUAUUUUAUUCAAUAAGUUAAUUUUGUAAAUGCCAAAUGGAUAAUGUUGUGCUGCUAAAGACUUCAGCACGUAGACGUGCUGCAUAAAGUGGGCAGUGGAGUUAUCAGAGAAAAUGGUGUUAACUGAUCUAAAAUGCACUGGUAGCUAGUAUUUUUUAAACCUAGCAUUUUCAAACACACAGUUUUUGGGAAGUGAAAUAUUUUGUCUUUAUGACAAAAUGCAUAUGAUGCACCUUUUGUAUCGUGGGAGAACACUGAUAUAUUCACUAAUUUUUUUUUACUUUUGUCCCAUUCAUUUCAUAUUUAACUCAAGGCACUAGCCCAGAUGUACUUUCAAUUCAUUGAACAACACGUGCAGGAAGUCUUGGCUUUACUUUACUGCCAUAUUAAAUGCCUCUGGCAUACAUUUACUAAACACUUUGUUUUAAAACACAGUAGGUGAUUGUCAAAAUGUGCUGCCUUGCUAUCAGCUAGGUGCAAAUCAACUGCACUUACUUCUUGACUAUAGUUGUAUA